UACACAUCCCAAACGUACGGCGUCCGUUACAGAACGGCAAGAGCCAAUCAAAAACGAGAAGCCCAGCCUCCGGACACCAGCAGCCAAUCGUAUCCAUCUUUCUCUCUCAUCAGCCAAUCCAUUCGCGCUGUGGAGUGUAAGGUGGGCGGGACCUGGUGUGUGGGUAGGGCGCUAACGUGCAGUAUGGCGGACGAUGGGGACGGCAGGAGCGGAGUAGCUGACACAAGUGGCGGGCAGGGGACGACCACAGAGGAGCUGGAUCCAGGGCCUGGUCUCGGCGGCAUGCUGCUUAACUUCGCCUUGUUCGUUCUGUUUCUGGCCGCUUGCUACGGCGUGUACCGGCGGUGGUUCAGGAGGUUAGUCGCCGACGCGGGCCGGGGAGACGAGGCCUCGGCGCUGCCCAAGAUGGGCCGGCGGGACCUCACUCUGGAGCAGCUGCGGGAGUACGACGGCGUUCAGAACCCGCGCAUUCUCAUGGCCGUCAACAUGAAGGUCUUUGACGUGACGAGCGGGAAAAAGUUUUACGGACGCGAGGGGCCAUAUGGGAUCUUCGCAGGUCGGGACGCCUCUCGUGGCUUGGCUACGUUUUGUCUGGAUAAAGAUGCACUACGGGACGAGUACGACGAUCUCUCAGAUCUCAAUGCUGUUCAGAUGGAGAGCGUCAGAGAAUGGGAGAUGCAGUUCAUGGAAAAAUACGACUACGUCGGUCGCCUGUUAAAACCCGGCGACGAACCAUCGGAAUACACAGACGAGGAGGACAUAAAGGACCAUCUGAAACACGACUGAUGUGACCAAACCCUGAGACUCAGACCGCUAGCGUCCAGCCAAUUUUGACCCGCCCCGCCCCCCUCCCCUCCUUGUAGCCCAAGCGUCACUCUUUCAGCUUGACAACUCUAAACGCUCGGACAGCUACUAGUCUGUUGGAGUAGAAUCCCACAGGUUACGCGUCUCCUUCUCCAAUAUUUCAUCCCCAGGCGAGGAGUGUCCCGUACGCCGACAGCAGAACGCGUUGAGCUACAAAACGGGUGGCUCAGAUCUAGGUCUGAUUGGAGCAUUAAAUCGAAACCAUACUUGCCUCAAGGUGUCCAUUUAUACCCGCUACAAACUCCUGUGGUUGUUCAUCUUUUCGUCGGUUCAUACCAUUGCUCCGUCUGCUUUUUUUUUUGCUUUUGUUUGUUUGUUUUUUCCCAGCUCCAGCACACCUGCUUCAACUCGUCAGCCAAAUAUUAAACCCUUCUUGAGCUGAGUAUGGUGUGUUUAAGAAGGGGAAAAUCAAAAACUUUUUUUAAGGGGGGUAGGGGUUUCCCAGGAUUGGCACGGAGAACCACUACGAUUCUGUGCUUUACUUCUUUCCUAAAUGUCCAUCUGCCUCUGUGCUCCAUCACAAAUCUACUGUACUGAAAAAAGGUAUUAGUUACCCCCAUCGUUUUGUUUUUGUUUAUUUUUUUUUUUUUUUAUCCUUUCCCCCCGCCCCUUCCUGCUCCGCUGCAGCAACGAGCCUUGGCUUGGUCUCCGGUUCACAUCUGUACACAUGCUUUAAAGCACUUAACGCUGUCUCAGUCCUGCGUCUUCAAAAAACAAAAAAUGUAAUUAAUUGAAAUAAAAAAAAUCCAUGUG